GUUAUUUUUGCCGAUGACAUAACCAUGUAUGCAAAUGGAAAAAAUUUAGAAGAUAUACAGAACAGUCUCCAAGUAGGGCUAAAUCAGCUUGAGGAAUGGUCCAAUAAUACAGGAGCAGUGUUUUCACCAAGCAAAACAGAAGCGAUUCAUUUCCAAAGAAGAGGGAAACUUAUACAAAAUCCUCAAAUAACUAUAUAUAAUAAUGUAAUUGAAUAUAAAGAAUCUCAUAAGUUUCUAGGAGUAUAUUUUGAUAGUAAAUUGAACUGGAAAUCCCAUAUUACAUAUAUCAAAACAAAAUGUAGCAGAAAUCUUAAUAUCAUCAAAUGUGUCUCUAAUUAUCGAUGGGGAGGAAACAGAAAAACUUUAUUAACUUUGUACAAAUCUCUAGUUUUAUCUCAAUUAGAUUAUGGAUCAAUAGUAAUAGACUCCGGCUCUAAAAGCAUUCUACAAAAGUUGGAUCCAGUUCAUAAUUCAGGACUUAGACUCUCAAUCGGAGCAUUUAAGACAAGCCCCAUUUAUUGUAUACUUUGUGAAUCGGGAGUAUAUUCACUCCAAUACCGAAGAAAUUUAUUAACUUUACAAUAUGGUAUCAAAAUAAUGAGUCUCCAGGAUCAUGCAAAUUACACACUUUUUAUAAACUCUGAUAAAUUACUAGCACAAAGAGGAGUUAUUUAUAAAUUUAAGACAUUAUGCAAUGAACUUAAAAUCCCAAUAGAAAAGAUACUUAAAAUCAAUAGAAUAAGUUGGAAUCCACAGUGGCCAAAUCCAAUCCAUACAGAAAUGAAAUUAGUAAAUAAUUAUCAAAAAAACAUUGUAAAAUAUAAAAAAGAACUGGAGGAAAUUUUCACUAUACAUAGAAAUAGUAAUAUAAUUUUUACAGAUGGGUCUAAGGCCAAUGAAUAUACAGGAUUUGGGAUUUAUUAUAAUGAUGAAAUUUCACAGACACAUAGAAUUCCAAAAGAGUGCUCAAUAUUCUCUGCAGAAGCAUAUGCAGUUGAAACAGUUUUACAUGAAAUUAAAUUGGCAGAAGACACUCAAAAUGCAGAAAAUAUUGUAAUAUUCACAGAUUCUCUUAGCGUGGUUCAAUCUAUCCAAUCGGGAAAGGCUGACAAAUCUCCAAUUAUUGAUAACAUAAAAUACUUAGCUAGAAACAUAAACGCACAAAUAUCAAUAAUCUGGAUUCCUGGACACUCAGGAAUUGACGGCAAUGAAGAAGCUGAUAAAGCCGCUAAAGAAGCAGUUGACCAUGAAAUAAAUGAAAAAUUCUUGAUUCCAGCAGACGACUUAAAAGCUUUAGCCAAGAACAAAAUAAAAGAAAAAUGGAAUCAAGAAUGGAAUAACAUUGUAAAUGAUCCGCGCUCAGAAUCUGUGAAGAGAUUUCAGAAGAUUAAAAAGGAUGUAUCUCCAUGGGCCACAUCCAUUAGAGAAAGUAGAAGAGAAGAAACAAUACUUACAAGAAUAAGAAUUGGCCAUUCAAGAUUGACACAUGGAUAUUUGAUGGAAAGUGGACAAGAAAAAAAUCCUCCAUUAUGUAAUAUUUGCAAUGAAGUAAUUACUAUUGAUCACAUAAUUUUUAAAUGUAAGAAAUAUGAAGAAGAUAGAAUAAGAAAUAGAAUUAAUCAAGACCCAAUAAUAGCAUUAGGAAACGAUGAUAGUGAAAUAAGGAAACUGUUAAAAUUUUUCAAAGAUUCAAAAAUUCAACAUUUAUUGUAAACUUCAUGCCUGUGGAAACCAUCCAUAUGGAUGACGUCCCAAUAAAGUCA